AUCGACGAAGCCAUAUUAGCGGAAGGAAUACAGGGAGUCGAUCGCCAUGUGAUUAUUAGGGGUUUGUCCGUUCCUAAUGGUUUGGCCGUCGACUGGGUUAGCGGGCUUCUCUAUUUUACGGAUGAAGACAUUGGUGUUGUGGGCGUGGCUAAUUUGAAUGGGCGCUAUGCGAUGCUUCUGAUUAACAGCGAUUUGCAGCUUCCGAGAGCAAUAGCGUUGGAUCCACAAGAAGGGUAUAUGUAUUGGGCAGAUUGGGGCCAGCCAUCAAAGAUUGAGAGAUCCUACAUGAACGGACAGCAACGGACGACUCUAAUUUCUACUGGAAUUACAACUCCAGUUGCCAUUACGUUAGAUCUAACAAACAAGAAGAUGUACUGGGCAGAUUCAACUCUAGACAACAUUCAAGUGAGUAAUCUAGAUGGAAGUUCACCAUCUGUGUUAGCAACGUUUACUGGAGUUGCUCCGUAUGCUAUGAUAUUGCAUAACAAUGCCCUGUACUGGACAGACAGAAUAACACAGGCAAUCUACCGUACUGCAUUUGGUACAGGAUCCACUGCUACCAGCACUUAUCAUGAUACCCAGUCUGUUCCCUACGGAAUGUCUCUGUAUGAGUCAUCUCGAACUAGUGGGACAAACAAAUGUAGCAGUGACAGUCAUGGCUGUAGUCAGUUGUGUCUUCCAGAGCCAUCAAAAGCUACCUGUGCGUGUGCCUAUGGUACGCUUGGUUCAGACGGAAAAUCGUGUGAAGGUCCGGAUCAGUAUCUCUUGAUCGCUACGCAAACCGCAAUCCGUGGAGUGGCGAUUAAUGAGACUGGAAGUGAUCUUAGAGAUGUGGUGGAGCCUGUCUGGUUGAGUGAGAGCAGCAAUGCCAUUGCCAUCGACUACAACGUUGUCACUAAAAGAAUCUAUUACAGCGAUGUGGCAGCUCGGCAGAUACUCGAAAUCUCGAGUGACGGCAGCCGAAGAGUGAUUGCAGACGGGCUGGGGGUUGUCGAUGGACUUGCAGUGGACUGGACGAGUGGCCUCAUCUACUACACUGACUACACUCAUGAAAUUAUAGGAGUUGUGUACACAGACGGCAGUCUUAGAAUAGCAGUUGUUGAAAGUGGGUUGGAGAGUCCGAGAGACAUCAAGCUUGAUCCAAGCAAUGCGAUGAUGUAUUGGACCGAUUGGGGAUCAGAGCCGAAGAUUGAACGAGCGUACAUGAGUGGACGGGGAAGACAAACGCUAGUAAAUACCGAUCUUGUCUGGCCUAAUGGCAUCACUUUAGACUUCACAGCACGUCUUCUCUACUGGGUGGACGCCUCACUAGACAAAGUUGAGUUUUGCUCUUUCGAUGGUACAGGAAGGACUCUCUUGGCGUCGACAAUGUUGAUGCAUCCUUACGGCGUCGUCUUGUACAACAGCAAAUUGUACUUUAGCGAUUGGCUGCUUUCUGGCGUCUAUAGAAUAGCGUCGUCGUCAGGUGCUAGUCAGUUCUACUCACAGAGCUCUCGGUUUCUUCGUUUCUCGCGUCCCAACGGUAUGGUGUUGUAUGACAAAAACAGAAAGUCAGAAUCAACUCGGUGUUCCAGUUCUAAUGGCGGUUGUGCUAGUGACCGUACCUGUUUACCAGAACCCCAUGAUGUACGUUGUGCUUGUUCAUAUGGGGUAGCCAGUGUUACGACUGGUGUGUGUAGAGCACCAACGUUCUUUCUCGUUUUCGCGGAAGGAAACGCAGUACGUGGAGUAAUUCCGAGCGAUACCUCUCAAUCAACUCACGAGGUCUUUCCUCCAAUCAACACAACAGGAUCUCCUCUAGCCGUCGACUACAACGCUUUAGAUGAGCGAUUAAUUUGGACAGACGUGAGACAAGGAAGUAUACUGUCGUCUACAUUUGACGGACAAAUUGCGACUGUUUUGACCGGUUUGGUUGAUCCUCGAGGAUUGGCUGUGGAUUGGAUCACCGGAAACAUUUUCUACUCGGAUGCGGGAGCGCAAGUUAUCGGUGUCGUCACUGCGGAUGGUGCAUAUCAUGCUGUACUUGUCAACAGCAGUUUGAACGAGCCCGGAAGUAUGGCGGUGAAUCCAACAGCAGGAGUUAUGUACUGGAUCGAUUCAGGCUUUACGCCUCAUAUCGAUGUGGCCGCCAUGAACGGCCAGUCUCGCCGCAGUCUCAUUACAACCAACCUGGUCCAACCAAGCGCUAUAACAAUCGAUUUUAGUGAACAAAAACUGUAUUGGAGCGACACUUCUCGAGACAAAAUAGAAAGAAGCAAUCUCGAUGGUUCUCAACGAACUGUAAUAGCAAACUUUUUAAGCAACGAUUUGCAUCCAGUUGGCUUGGUUGUCUUGAACCAUACAAUUUUCUUUUCUGAUCAGAACUACAAGGGCAUUUAUCGAUUUCGACUGGGCGACAACACAGCCCAUCGCCUCGUCAGCAUUGCCUUCACGCCUGGUGGAAUGGUUGCUUACAAUGCAAACAGAACGACAGGAACGAAUGCGUGUUCUGCUAACAACGGAGGGUGCGUUCACUUUUGUUUGCCGGUUGGUGUUGGACGCUCGUGUGCUUGUGCUAUCAAUAGGACAGGCGAGUGUUCUCCGACGAUUGUCGCUGGACCCCAGUCUGUCAGUGUGAAUCUAUCCGCAUCUGUUACUCUUCAAUGUCGAGUCGAUGCUAGGGGUUUCCACACAACAAUCGCAUUCCUCAAGGACGGUGUGACAUUGCGAUCUCAAUCUUAUUUCCCUCCGACGGGACAUAGUUUUGUUUCCUCCUAUUACAGACUGUCGUCUGUUUCAACAAGUGAUAGUGGCUAUUACAGUUGUCGUGCAAGUAACCAGUAUGGGUCUGCUCUGUCGACGGGCAAACUGACGGUGACAGACAAGAAUUGGUGUGACUCUUCUCCGUGUAAGAACGGCGCGUCGUGUUCGGACGGAGUGGGAUCAUUUAGGUGUACUUGUCUAUCGGGAUAUACGGGUCCUACCUGUGGCGACGCGAUUAAUGAAUGUUUGUCGCGGCCGUGCCAACAUGGCGGUGCCUGUUGGGAUGGACAAAACGCGUAUUUUUGUUUUUGUCAGCCCGGAUUUUCGGGUCAAAACUGUGAGUUGAACAAAGACGAGUGUGCGUCUAAUCCGUGUCGAAAUGGAGGAACGUGCAUUGAUAGUGUUAACGGAUACAACUGCUCUUGUUUAGAAGGUUUUGCGGGAACAAAGUGCGAGAUGGACUACAGUGGCUGUCUCUCGAGUCCCUGUCAGAAUGGAGCAACUUGCCGUGUUGCUAUCAAUCAGUUUACUUGCAUCUGUCGAGGUGGAUAUACGGGAGUGUCUUGCGAGAUAGACGUCGACGAGUGUGUUUCAAAUUCUUGCCAAAACGGUGGCCGUUGUGUUGACGGUGUGGAUAGCUAUGGAUGCUCCUGCCUGUCUGGAUUCUCCGGAUUCCUAUGUGAGGUUAAUAUCGAUGAGUGUGUCUCCAGUCCUUGUGUGAAUGGUGGAACUUGCGUUGAUGGAGCUAACCAGUACACUUGCAAAUGUCCAUCAGGAGUCACAGGAAUCCACUGCAAGGAUGAAUGUGCUUCAAAUCCUUGCAUGAACGGUGGCCGUUGUAUUGACAGUAUGGAUGGCUAUCAAUGCUCUUGCAUGUCUGGAUUCACCGGAAGCCAUUGUAAGGUUAAUAUCAAUGAAUGUGUCUCUAAUCCCUGUGUGAAUGGUGGAACUUGCGUUGAUGGAGUCAACCAGUACACUUGCAAAUGUCCAUCAGGAGUUACAGGAAUCCACUGCAAGGACGAAUGUGCUUCAAAUCCUUGCACGAACGGUGGCCGUUGUAUUGACAGUAUGGAUGGCUAUCAAUGCUCUUGCAUGUCUGGAUUCACCGGAAGCCAUUGUAAGGUUAAUAUCAACGAGUGUGUCUCUAAUCCCUGUUUAAAUGGCGGAACUUGCGUUGAUGGAGUCAACCAGUACACUUGCAAAUGUCCAUCAGGAGUCACAGGAAUCCAUUGCGAGAGUAUGGUGAACCAGUGUACUUCAAAUCCUUGCUUGAAUGGCGGCCAUUGUAUUGACCAUAUUGAUGGCUAUCAAUGCUCUUGCUGGUCUGGAUUCACCGGAAGCCAUUGUAAGGUUAAUAUCAAUGAAUGUGUCUCUAAUCCCUGUGUGAAUGGUGGAACUUGCGUUGAUGGAGUCAACCAGUACACUUGCAUAUGUCCAUCAGGAGUCACAGGAAUCCACUGCAAGGACGAAUGUGCUUCGAAUCCUUGCAUGAACGGUGGCCGUUGUAUUGACAGUAUGGAUGGCUAUCAAUGCUCUUGCAUGUCUGGAUUCACCGGAAGCCAUUGUAAGGUUAAUAUCAAUGAAUGUGUCUCUAAUCCCUGUGUGAAUGGUGGAACUUGCGUUGAUGGAGUCAACCAGUACACUUGCAAAUGUCCAUCAGGAGUCACAGGAAUCCACUGCAAGGACGAAUGUGCUUCAAAUCCUUGCACGAACGGUGGCCGUUGUAUUGACAGUAUGGAUGGCUAUCAAUGCUCUUGCAUGUCUGGAUUCACCGGAAGCCAUUGUAAGGUUAAUAUCAACGAGUGUGUCUCUAAUCCCUGUUUAAAUGGCGGAACUUGCGUUGAUGGAGUCAACCAGUACACUUGCAAAUGUCCAUCAGGAGUCACAGGAAUCCAUUGCGAGAGUAUGGUGAAAGAGUGUACUUCAAAUCCUUGCUUGAAUGGCGGCCGUUGUAUUGACCAUAUUGAUGGCUAUCAAUGCUCUUGCUGGUCUGGAUUCUCCGGAAUCCAUUGUGAGACUAACAUCAAUGAGUGUGUCUCUAAUCCUUGUGUAAAUGGAAUUUGCGUCGAUAGAGCAAACCAGUACAUUUGCUUGUGUCCGUUAGGAAUCACAGGAAUUCAAUGCGAGAGUGACGUGAACGAGUGUGCUUCGAAUCCCUGCUUGAACGACGGUAGUUGUAUCGACAACAGUAAUAGCUACACGUGCUCUUGUCAACAAGGAUUUAUUGGAGUUCAUUGUGAGACGGAAGUGUUGGAGUGCGCUUCAAGUCCGUGUUGGAACGGCGGAGAGUGCGAGGACGGGUUGGACGGCUAUUUGUGCCGCUGCCCUGCCAGCUUUUCUGGACUUCACUGCGAGACCGACAGCAGCAUUGUGAUAGAACCAGGAGGUCCAGGUGCUCAGAAAGGCUCCAGCGGAGGUAGCAUGAUGUACAUCAUGAUCGGUGCUUUGGGUGCGGCUCUCUUAAUCGCAAUCAUCAUCAUCGUUUUUCUCGUCAGACGGCGUCGACGCUCGAUACGAGACAAUCAUUACGAGAUACCGGGCUCGGGGAUCGCUGUGAUGGACUUUGCCAAUCCUGCGUAUGGCACCAAAGACUUCAACAACAAGCAAGAUGAAAUCGUGUACGAAGAGAUACCGGAGUUGGCGGCACGAAAAGAUGUGCUGCAGUUCAGUAGUGUAGACGAAGACAACCACAGGUAUGCAGAGCCAUGUAAUAAUUAUUCGUAGAUUGCAAACAGUAAACGUAUAGGUCUAGGUUCUGUAGACAGAUAUUUACACUGUGUAAUAUCUAUAGCAAAGUGUUAGAAUUACACGGUUUUGGCGUGGACAGCAGUAAGUCUAGGUAGACUAUAGACUCGGUAGGGAAUUAUGCGGUUACAUGCAUGCAUAGGUAUGGUGUAGUCAUACUUGAAUCAGAAUAUAUUUACGUGUUGACGUAGA